AUGCUUGAGAGUAUUGAAAAUUAUAUAAAGACUUUUAAAGAAAAAAAAAAUCUAUAUGUAGAGAAAAAUGUUUCUAUAAUUGGUUCUCCACUUGGAGCUGGACAACCCUUAGGUGGUGUGCAGUUAGCUUGUGACGAUUUAAGAAAAUUAGGUUUACAUAAUGUAAUAAAUUUUUUGGGUUGGAAAUAUGAAGAUUUGGGUAAUAUAGAGGAACAUAAUGAAAUAAAUAAAAAAAAAGGGGAAGAAGAAAAUGUAGAAAUAGACAAUAGAGGAAAGAAAGUAUACUCUUCAGAUAAACCUUUGAAUGGAUGUAAUAAUAUUAUAUGUGAACCUAUAACUAAAAAGUAUUUAGAAAAUGAUUAUUAUAGUAAUAUAAAAAAUAUAGAAUUAAUUGGAAAAUUUAGUGAAAGACUAUUUCAUGUUAUGAGUAAUGAAUUAAAAAAAAAAAAUUUUGUUUUAAAUAUUGGUGGAGAUCAUAGUGUAGCAUUUGCUAGUAUUUUAAGUUCAUUACAAAUUUAUAAGGAUUUACGAGUUAUAUGGAUAGAUGCUCAUGGAGAUAUUAAUACUCCUGAAACAUCUCCUUCAGGAAAUUAUCACGGUAUGCCAUUGGCCCAUUCGUUAGGACUUUUUAAAAAAAAAGUUCCAUAUUUUGAAUGGUCAGAAAAUUUAAUUUAUUUAAAACCAGAAAAUUUAGCUAUUAUAGGAAUAAGAGAUAUUGAUACAUAUGAAAAAAUUAUUUUAAAAAAAUAUAAUAUUAAUUAUUAUACCAUUUUUGAUGUUGAACAGAAUGGAAUAUAUAAUACAAUAUUAAAUGCUCUAAAAAGAAUUGAUCCUAAUGAAAAAUGUCCAAUUCAUAUUUCAUUAGAUAUUGAUAGUGUUGAUAAUAUUUUUGCUCCUGGUACUGGAACAAUUGCAAAAGGAGGAUUAACAUAUAGAGAAAUAAAUUUAUUAAUGAAAAUUUUGUCAGACACAAAACGAGUUGUAUCAAUGGAUUUAGUUGAAUAUAAUCCAUCAUUAGAUGAAAAAGAAAAAAAAUUUCAUGGUGAUUCAUUACCUAUAUCAGAAAAUGCAACAAAAACAGGAAAAUUAUGUCUUGAAUUAAUUGCUAGAGUUUUAGGUUAUGAUAUUGUUUAA